GAUCUGUGGGGUUUCAGUCUCGGCGCGCCGAGAUCUCGUUCCGCGCGAGAUCUUAUCGCGAGAUGUGCGCGCGCUAUAAAUGCCCCGGACCACUCGGUGAACUCCCGCACUCCGUUCCUCUCCGCGUCCUGUCGGUGUGCUUCGACCACAGUCUAGUCAGACCCAAGAUGGCAGCAGGCACCGCACGGAUUGGAAAGCUGGCCCCCGACUUCACAGCCAAGGCGGUGAUGCCAGAUGGACAGUUCAAGGAUGUGAAGCUGUCGGACUACAGAGGGAAAUAUGUCGUCUUUUUCUUCUAUCCACUGGACUUCACCUUUGUGUGUCCGACGGAAAUCAUCGCAUUCAGCGAUGCUGCCGAUGAGUUCAAGAAAAUCGGCUGCGAGGUCAUUGCUGCCUCCGUGGACUCGCACUUCUCCCAUUUCGCAUGGACCAACACACCACGCAAGCAGGGCGGUCUGGGAACCAUGAAGAUUCCCCUGGUGUCUGACACGCGGCGCACCAUCUCCACAGAUUAUGGCGUCCUGAAGGAAGACGAGGGCAUCGCCUUCAGAGGGCUGUUCAUCAUUGACAACCAUGGCAUCCUGAGACAGAUCACCAUCAACGACCUCCCCGUCGGACGGUCUGUUGAGGAGACCUUGCGUUUGGUCCAAGCCUUUCAGUUCACCGACAAGCACGGAGAAGUCUGCCCGGCCGGCUGGAAACCAGGAAGCGACACCAUCAAACCUGACGUCCAGAAGAGCAAAGACUUCUUCUCCAAGCAGUAAAAAGCCAAAGGCCAGAGUGUGCUGCCUGCUGUAGGAGAUUUCAUUUAGAGAUAACAUUUCCAUAAACAAUAUUUAAGUCAAUCUUUGUGCCUGUGGAAGAGGAGGCAUUUCUGUUUUUUUAGUUCACGUGAUGUGUGUGUUCUGUUGUCCGUAGACCAAAUACUAGUCUUGCACUUAUGACAAAAGUAUAUAAUUUUGUACUUAUGCUGUGCUAAUGCAUGCUAUUGUCCCCGUCUGACUGAAGUGCAUGUUUGUUCUUUCAUGUCAUUCCGUACCACUGUUAGAUAUAAAGGACCAUACAAACAUUUCUUAUCAUCUUUAUUCAUCUUCUUUUAUUUUCAUGUUAAACAAUAUACAUGUUAUUUCAUCUAAAUAAAGAGAACGGUGUGUAACACUCUC